AUGGCGCCGACAUCCUAUCCCAUGGCUCUGGCCGUCUUGGUCCCGCUUCCUUUUGAUAUAAUUUCUACUGUUCUGCGGUUCUGGAUACGGACAAAGAGGAAUGCGUGGGGUCCCGAUGACUGGGCCAUGUUGAUCAACAUUGUAAGGGCUCUGGAUCCACAAUCUUGUCCCUUUUGGAGUGUAAGCACAAUUGCCACCCUUGGGAUGGCAUGGAGUGGUGUUGGACAAUAUGAUGCCACACUUACACAGUCUCAAUACAUGAACUCCUUGAGGUGGUUCUACGUCUUCCAGGAACCAUGGUGUUUUACCCUCAUUACUAUCAAGUGCAGUAUCGGAUUUGCUCUGAUUCGAAUUGCAAGCGGCAAGAAAUGGAUUGAAUAUGUCAUCUACAUUAGCAUGCUUUCUUGCUUCGUCGUCAUGGGUGGUACAGGCAUGUACUUGUUCUUCCAGUGCAUGCCAGUGCAGAAGAACUGGGACACAAAAGUCGAAGGCUACUGCCGCGAGCGCAGCACGCAAACUAUCCUCUCCUACGCCGUAGCCGCAGUAUCCAUCUCGACAGACUGGAUCUUCGCCACGCUCCCCAUCUUCCUCCUCUGGGACGUUCAACUCGACUGGCGCGUCAAAGGCGGCGUAAUGGGUAUGUUGGGUCUCGGAAUCUUCGCCUCCAUCGCCCCCAUCGUCCGCCUAAAAUACCUCAUCGGCCUCAACGACGCCUCCCGCCUCCUCCAAAACCUCAGCGCAAUCCUCGCCUGGGCCACCGCCGAAAUGAACGUCGGCAUGUUCGUCGCCAACCUCCCCGCCUGCCACCCCUUACUCAAACACGCCAUUGCGCGCUUCUCCACCUGGUCCGGCAGCAACUCGCGCUCCUACUCCUCCGGCAUCUUCGGUUCCAAAAAACCCCACCCGGGUGGCCCUUCCGCCAGCAACGCCAUCGACUCCAAAAACAAGUGGCUGGAACUCGACGAUCAGCAGCAACAGCAACGCCCAGAGUCGUCCCGUACGCGGAAUUAUCUGAGUAACAAGGGCAAGGGGACAGGGGUGGAGACGAAGAUAUAUGGGGAUCUAGAGGAUUACGGGAGUGAGGAGAGUUUGGAUGCGCGGGACGAUGGGAGUCAGAAGAGGAUUGUCAAGAAGCCGAGUUUGGAUGGGUUGCAGGUUAAUGUGCAAAAGGACUUUCGGGUCGAGGUUAGUGAGAGGUUCGAUCAGAGGGGGAGAGGCAGGGGGAAGGAGGACGCGGAUAGAGUGCAGGCGGAUAGGGUAUAG